UCAUAUUGUCGCCGGAAAACUUCGGAAAUUAAAAUAACCUAAAAGUAAAAACUUACCUCGGUUGCCUCUACAGUUCGUUCGUAUAAUUUGCAUAAUAGAAACUUUAUAUAGUUAAAAAGAAAAACCGGAACGUUAAAAUGUCUAUAUUUGUCAAAAAUUUCGUUAAAAUUUCGCUUAAUAAUAACUUGAGAUUGUUUUCUCCGUGUAGGUCACACGGCCCAUGUAGAGCAAUACAUUUUACCAAAGUUCAGCAUCUGUAUUCUCCAUUAUCUCUUGGCAUAGAUAACUAUCUCCAAACCAGAAAGAGAGUGAAGGAUCAGUUUGUUAGUUUCUCAGACAAGUUCAGAACAAAAAUGAUUGAAUUUGUUGGUGAUUCAAAAAAUAUGAUUUUCACGGAAGAUCUGAAGAAUAUGGUACAUAUAGCAGAACCAACGGAUUUGGACCUUAUAGUUAAAAUGAUUAAAAAAUUCAAUACCCAAUCAACAGAAUACCGCUUUGGGUCUUUUGUGUUUGGACCAGUUGUAAUGAGAAUGUUUCACUUUUUAGAUGCCCCAAAGGAAGCCUUACAAUGCUUUUAUGAUCCAGCCAACAAUGAAUUCUUUGAUCAGUUGGUGAGCUACCAGUUGCUACUCGAUCUACUGUAUAACCAUGAGAUGUAUGAUGAAAUGUACAAAGUUUUUGAGGUCAUAAAAGAAAAACAGAUAAACAUGACCAAAUACCCAAAAUAUUCUGUAGUUUUAAUUUUGGCUGCUUGCUACAAACAGAAUACUAAACAAAGUUUAGAAUAUGCCUCGAGUUUGUGGUCUGACAUGACCAGUGUUGGGACAACACCAGUCAGAAGGGCAAGCUCAUUCUUUGCAGCUUUGGCGUUGAAACAAGGGGCCCCACAUAUAGCACUCGAGGCAAUAUCAACACAGAAACAAAAUUAUGUUACAAUCAGGAAUAUAAAGGCGACGGCGCUGGCGCGCGGCGCGCGCGCGGACGACGCGCUGCGCGCGCUGCGCGCUGUGCUGGAGCUGGACGCGCCCGCCGGCACCCGACACACCUUUUUCGAGGAAACGAUAUCGGCAGUACGGCAGGCGGUGGAGCAGUCGAACGAUAAGGAUCUUCAGAGGGAAUUCGAAACCAUUGAGAAGGCUCUAAAUGACAGAGGUCUUAUUGAUAAUCAGACUCUAGAUCAACUGGUGAGCUCGGAGAUAACAGUCAAUGUUAAGAAUAAAACUUCGAGAGGAGUCACCACGUUCCAAAACAAGAAGUUACCAUUCGACCAUCGCCAGAGAAGAAAUAUGAACUAGUAUUUAUUUUGUGAUUGUUGGAUUUAUGUGUUUAUGCAAUACGACCAGGGCUAGCCUAACUAAAGUCUGAUUUUUCUUACGAGUCCUAACUUGUAAACAAUCUUCACAGUACUUAUUGUUGAAUUUUGUUGAAAAUAAAUAAAAUGUUAGUUCAAACCUAUAUAUUCUAUAGUAAUGAUUAUGAGAUGAAACAUGUUCUGAUGUUAAGUCAAUACCGAGUUUCAAUAGCAAUAGUUCUUAUUGCGUGUAUAUAAGAAUUACCAUUGAUUGAGACGCGAUAUUGUCUUAAGGUUAGCAGAAUCUGUUCUAUAUUAUCAGUAGGGCCCAGGGCGUUUCACGAAAAAAAUUGCAACGAAAUUUAUACUUUUUUGGGACUCUUGCGACGUCACUUUAAAAUAGUGAAAUUAGAAAAAUUAUAAAAUUAAAUAAUAUUAGAAUCAAGUGGCACCGCCCUGGUGGAAAGUAUCCUAUAUGUUUUGUUGGGUUUGUUUUGCCAUAUUGUGAAUGAAUUAUGAUUGUGUUGCGAGUGGGUAGAAUCUGUAGUUUGAAUAAUAUCUGUGGUUCAUAUUUAGGGAUACCUACUGUAAUAAGGAGGGAGUAUGUACUAUAUAGUAUCAAACAAAUUUUACAGAAUAGUGAACAUCAAUUAAAUUUAGUAAUAAUUCGUGAUUGGUAAAAUUAUGAACCAGAGUAGUAUACAGUGGACUAGUAUGAGAACAAGUAAAUUUAAAACUGACAAGCAGUUGUUAAUUUUAAAGAAACAAUAAAAUGUUUAUUAAAACA